AUGGCAUGUACAAUUUAUGAGCGUUGUUCGUGUCAUCUACGUAAGGGAACAAUACCUGCGGACGGUGAUUCCGUGCACACCAUGAGUAACUUUCCCAUACACAGUCCCCUGUCGAUGACCUCACAACUUGACAACCUGAUGCAACUAGCUGUUGGAAUGACGGGGCUGAACCAGUAUGUUGACGUAUUACAGAACCCUAAUUCGCUGCCGAAAUAGUGCGCGUUUGUCAUUUAUUGUUAAUAGUCGAUAAAAUAAUAUACUGUUGUAGUUUAAUAGUACUUAUAGAUUAUUUGUAUUUUAACUUUAAUAUACAAAAAUAGAGUUCAUAAGUCAUAAAAUCACUCAACAUGAUGCCACAAGAAAUAAACAGCUCUAAACAAAAAUAAAAAUCGUUUAUCAAAGCAAUCGUAUUUUAAUUUGUGAUAUACGUAAGCAUUAUAGCCGAUAAAUUGAGCAUAAGCCACGGAGGAAAGAACGAAACAAUGUACCAUUGUAAAACCCGCCUUUUUCAGUUCAAAAAUAUGGGUUCCGGUUCCGAAUAUUAUAAGGGUUUUUCGGUUCCAGAACCGGUUCCUCGCGGUUUCUGCUACAAGGAAUAUAAAAUUGACCUUGUCAGCGAACUGACCAAACACAAUUGGCCGACAGAAACUUAACUUGAAACCUAACCAAACCCAGCGUAACUCGGUUCGGCGGGAGAUUUCUCGUGGAAAAGUUCCAAACAAACAAUGCGAAAAUCAAAACGCGCAUAAUAAAACCAAUAUAGAUUUCUGACUACGCGCGCAAUUAAAACGAAAGAAAAGCGUAUUGUCAUAGUAAAUAACUGUGCUGAACUGUCACACAAAAUUCAGAAGACCCCGAACGAGAAGAUAUAAUAAUAAUACGCGUAUAAGUAGAAUAUUAUGAUGAUUGACUUUAUUGUACCACUGCCAUCACAUACGGGUUGCAAAUCGAGUUGCAAAGUUUCCGAAAUAACGGUUCGUCAGACUUCUUAACUAAAUUAGCGUCAACCGUUAUCGUCAUCGCCGCCGUCUUCGCCGUUGUGGGUGGCUCGUGCGUGGGUCCUGCGUUCGGUGGCGGAUUCACCGGGUUGGCGGCAGGGGUGGUUGACGGCCGGCGCGUGCGUGUGCGUGUGCGUGUGCGGCGGCGGCGGCGGCGGUGGUGGUGGCGGUGGUGGUGGUGGUGGUGGUGGUGGUGGUGUAUGCGUGCGUGUGCGGGGAAAUCCGUUUUUCGUUCGCGGUCGGGAAAUCAACGUGCCAGUUUUCCGACGACGUCGGUCCCGAUCGCACGCCCGCCGCCCUGAUCCGCCCGCCGAAACGGGUAUUGGUCGCGUUAUGACGGUCCCGCGAAUUCCGUUCCAUCCGUCGGUCCACGUCUCAUAACAUAAACAGCGUCGGCGCCAGCAGCAGCAGCAGCAGCAGCACGAUAAUUCUACGUCUUCGGCAUUCGACAAUAUCACAACCGGUCUUCCCGUCCGUCGAGUGUCGCCCGCGCACAGCCCCGAGGAGUCACGCCAUGGACGCGCAGACGUACGCGAUGGCCGUGGUCGUAUCCGUCGUGGUGGUCACGUGCGCCACGGGUCCGGCCAUGAGUCGACCGGACAAACUAGGUGCGUAUAACGGUGCGGCGGUCAUUUAGGUUAGGCCCGGCGAACGGCGCGGCAGCAGGUAAUACCGCCGUGUGA